AUGCCAUUAUUCAGUUGGCGUCCGCGUAUUCUCGGAGGUCGAAAGACACCAGAACCCACACAGGCCGUUCAAAUAACUAUAGCUCCGGAACCACAGGAAAUUCCGGAAGCAGCGAGUUCAAAACCUCGAAAUGUUCGAUUUGACGAUGUGGCAAAACAACGAACAAAUGAUAAUUAUAUGAAAGAGAGAACGCCUUCUGAUUGGACAACUAAUACAUAUGGGGGAGAAGCUAGAGUUAUUGGAACAGUUCGUCCAGAAAAGAACCUGACAAGUUCGAGCGGGAGAAUACCCCCGGAGGAGCCAACGAAUGACUGGAGAUAUGCAGAUGAUGUUAAAGUUCGAAUCGAUCCAAUCGACAAUCAAAGACAGCUUGAUUCUCAAACUUCUCGUUUCGUUCAACCUCCUUCCAGAGCCACUUCAGUACUUCAAAGCUUGAGAGAACAGAAGGAAAAUCUGGAAUACGAUGAAAGAAGACGUGAAGUUUCCACGUUGCCUAGCAGUUAUUCGAGUUCUCGUCCAGAAGUUUAUGGAACUAUUCAGAGAUACGAUACUGUCAGCAGAACAGAUUCUCAUUUAACUUCGGAUUCUCAAACUGCAAGACAUCUUGAUGAUAUGAACGUAGUUUUUCUGCAAGCGAACGAUGAGGUCAAACGAAUUCUUUUGCCACGAAACUUGCACUCGAUGCACCAAGUGAAAAUGUCGUUUGUUCGAACAUUUCCUAACGUGAAUAGAGCAUUUGUGGAGCAGCCACACGUCAAAAUCUACAUUCAAGAACCAACAAAAGGUGCACUUUUCUAUGAGCUCGAGGAUCCAGGAGAUAUAAAAAAUAAAUCAGUUCUUCGAUUGAGAGAAAAAACUCGUGUAAUGUCACCAGUUGGCUACUUGGAUCAACCAGAUUAUCACUCUGAAACUGAACAAGAUGAUGGAAGACGUGGAAUGAUCCCAAUGUUGAGACCUGCAUCUGCAAUGGCUGCUCCAAGUGUAAACUAUAUGCACAGUAAUAUUGUUCCGAAACCAGCAGUUUAUGACAUCUAUUCUGAUCCAUAUAAUUCGGAUACGAGCAGUCAUGAUAGUCGAAGUGUCACACGAUCAGGAUCAGCUACUCCAGUUAUUGAUAGAGAAUCCAGAGUACGAAUGGAAACAAUGGAAAGGCAACUCGCCGGUCUAUCAAAUCUAGUUCACACCGCUCUUGUCAGUAAGGGAAUGAGUGAGACAACACAAAGAGAUAUGGCUGAACUUCGACGAGAGAUUCUAUCCAUGCACCCUGACAAUGCUCGAGAAUCAUCCGAAGAACCCGCCUCUUCUUUAUCCGAUUCAAUUUCUUCUCACACCGCCUAUCAACUUUCUAUUUUACGUAACAAGCUAAAAGAGACUCAUAAUGAAUUGAGGCAACUCAAAAGUUCUGCACAGGUCAAUGCUCAAACUGGGAACACUUUGUUAAGAGAAGCCGGAGAUAAGAUAGGACGAUUGGUUUCUGAGAGAAUGAGAGGAGGUCCUGUAACGACAAUGACGGAAGUUCUGAAUAAAGGAAGAGACGAUUCGACUCUGGAUAAAAAUGCAGAAAGUCAACGAAAUGAACAUGCGAGCCGACUUGCAGAUUUAUUGCAUUCACUUACAAGCUUCGAGACGAAUGUAGAAUCAGUACGAGGAUGUGUUUUAUCGAAUCAAAAGAAACUAAGAAUGAGCGAAGUGGAAGAUAUGACAGAGAAGUUAACAAAUAUUGGUAGACUUGCUGCAACUUUGAAAACUGACUUCCCACCGAUUCAGAUGUCAAUUGAACAGCAAAUAAAGAAAGAUAUGGAACGAGUUGUUCGAGAGGAAAAGUUCAUCCGUGAUCAAAAUACAGCAGUUGACCAAAGUCUUCGUCGUUGCAAAGCUUUGGCCAAUAUAAUGGUGACAAUGAAAAAGUUGGCAAUGGUACAAGAUCCAACAAUUCAAAGAAGAAAGAAAGGAGUUGAACGAACGGAUUCUGGAGCUGGAACACCAACGAAUGGAACACCACGUCUACCACCGAAGCCAACUGUAUCUCAAGCAAUUGCAAUGCAACAACCAGUUAAUCAAGGAUAUUCAAGUCAUUCAGCUCCACCAACUCCUCCAGCUCAUCACUUCCAUUCAUCUUCUAUUCCUCCAUCGACACCACCUGCUCAACAAUUUCAAGUUUCUUCUGUUCCUCCACCACCUCCACCUCCCCCACUACCUCUUCAGCAGUCUCAGCUGACACAAUCUCUCCAGUUAGCUGCAAGUAGUUCUCCUGUUGUCAAUACUCCAUUAAAUGUUGUUAAAGUGGCUCCUCUCUACGAAUACAAAGAAUCUCCGAAGUCACCUGUCAGUGUUCUUGACAAUGUUCUCGAAGAAGUCGGUGAUCCAGGAAGUGUUCCACGUCCUCCGAGUCGGUUUUCAGUGCAAGAUGUUCGGCAGAAGUUUUCGAAACCUCCAGAGCUUCCAGAUCAGCUUCGCAACUUGAUAGAAGAUGUCGCUCGACGAGCUUCCCCAGGUCCUGAUCAGAUGAACGACCGAAGGCAAGAUUUAGAAGAACGUCAGGAACGAUUGGCUGAAAAGCAACGUCAACUGAGAUCCCAGUUUCAGCAGCUACAACAACUUGCUCCUCUUCCCUAA